AUGGAAUUAAAGUCGACUGUCAAAUCGUCGGCGGCGGUUCAGUGCCGAGUCUUUCCGGAAUUCUUGUCGAAAAAGGCUACGGAAUCACUUCGUGGAUUUGGAGUUGACGUCAUAACUAAUGACGAAAUUACCGCUGCACGAAAGCAAGGCGAGCAGCUGGAAGUGCAGGUGAACGGAUCGAAGCCUAUCUCAUCCGAUUACAUCAUUGUCUGCAUAGGAAUCCAGCCUGAUACCGCAGUAGCUGAGGCUUCUGGGCUUGAGGUGCGUCUAUAUUUCCUUAAUUCCUGUGACAGUUGUUGCUGGUCGUAA